UUAGCCAGUUGUAAAAUUAUGGUCAGCGGAAUUUCAACGCGUUUUGUAAGCGUAACUGUUGAGGAACUGUUGAGUAGUAUCAGAAGGCUUGCGGUAUACAAAAGCAUGACAGAAAAAUUCAAGAUGCUAAGAACCCUGUUACCAAAGCCUGUGGAUACCAACAGUCAAGCUGUACCAGCAGUGAGUCUGGAUGACCUUAGAAAACAACCAAGGAAAAAAACGACAUUUAAAUGCAACCAGUGUGGCAAGCAUUUUGGUUCAUCUUGUAAUCUCAAGAAACAUAAAAUAACACAUAUGGAAGUAAAGCCUUUUAAAUGCGAUUACUGCCACAAGACAUUUGCUCAAUCAAUACAGCUUAAAAAUCAUGAGCGAACACACACAGGAGAGAGACCUUUUGCAUGCAGCCACUGUGACAAGAGUUUUCGUCAGACGAGAUGUCUCAAGCGACAUCAAAGAAUACAUACAGGCGAAAGACCAUUUUCGUGUGACCAGUGUGGCAAAUGUUUUACCCGGCGUGAAAUUCUCCAGGUGCAUAAAAGAGCACAUACAGGAGAAAGACCAUAUACGUGUAACCAGUGUGACAAGAGUUUUACUCAACCGUAUGAUCUGAAAAGACAUAUACGAGUACACACAGGAGUACUUCCUUAUAAAUGCCAGGAAUGUGGAAUGUGUUUUAGUCAGUUAGGGUAUCUUAACAGACAUAUCGAAAGGCAUGCGUCAGGAAAGUAUUUUCGAUGUUCACAGUGUGGUCGGUAUUUUAAGAACAGUGUGCGCUUUUCUAGGCAUCAAAAACUGCAUGCUGAAGAAUCGCAGUCACCUCCUGAGGAGUGGGUAACUGCUUCAGUAUAAACUUUUUAGCAACAAUGACAGGACAUAAACAAGUGCCUAUUAGGCCCUUAUAUUCAUUUUGGACUGCGGCAUAUAUUACAGAAAGCAAGAGAACUCUGCAGUUGCUAUUUAAUUAAAGGAGUGCAUGAAUUAUUUAUUUUUCAAGGGCUGUGAAGCUUAAUCUGUGCUUAGAAGGGGCAUUCUCAAUGCUUUGUGUGCUAUGGUACACGUACAUCAUUUUCAUGUGUUUUUCUUGUUGUAAAAAUGCACCCUUGAUGGAACCAAACUCGCUGAAAUGUUUAGGUUACGUAAACUAAGAAUUUAGGUGAUGUGGAUGCUACAAUGGCAAAGUGUCUAUUUCACCAAAUGAGUUCAUUUCGCUGUAACCUCUGUUUGAGUAAAAGUCUCCAUGGGUCUCGUGCAGUUUGCACGGUGUUAGGUGCUUUAGGCGAGAAAUUUCAAAUAAGCAUCUCUUGCUACAUGUAGCGGAGGUUAAGAGUCGCUUUUAAUAUAGUUUAUGUCCAAAUGGGGUUGUAACUGCUUAUUGCCAUUCAUAAAAAGUCAUCUUCAAAGCAUGAAAAUAAAAAAGUUCAAAAGUAACCAAGGUGGAUGCAUCAUGAUCAGUAUGUGCAGAACAGGAAGUUUUGAGAGGUGAGGAAUGACUUUUUUAUUUGAAUCAUAGUUCUGCUUUCCUUUUGAUCAACUUGUGUCUGUAAAGUUUGCUUCAGUGAUGCUAACAGCGAUGCAUAUUAUUUUGUAGAGGAUAUGCAGCCCUUUUAUGCAAUGAAGUGGUUCCAAUGCUGGUCUUUGAUGGCUUGCCUUUACCUAUGAAAUCCCCUGAAAGAGAAGAAAGGUGGAGGUCAGUUUAAAGGAAUUUUGGAAGUUGGUUUCUUUUUAUGAUUGUAAUUACUGGUAAAGUGCUAUUGUUCGUGACAAAAGCAAAUAAGAUUUUCUAGAUCUGACUGUGUGGUGCACUUUGUGGUUGGAAACAUUAUUUUUGACACAUAUCUGCACACAUUUUGCACAUAUCUUAUUGUUCAGUACUUAAUUUUUGAUUAUUACUUGACUUUAGCUUAUGUGAAAUGCAUCAAUUGAUGAACUUUUCUCAUGUAAGUUUUUGUUUCCACUUUCACAUGUUGUAGGUCACUGUAACUGCUACAGUUCUGCCAUCUACUGACUAGUGUUUCAGGAAGUGAACUUGAGCUACAACUGGAUUAACAACAAGGUGUUAGAAAAUAACCCCCCAAAAAAAUCUGCACUGAUUGGUUU